GUCGCGCGGCCCAGGCGGCGCCGAGCGCCGGCUCCCGGAGCCCGGCCGUCCCCGCGGCGGGCUAACAUCCGGGGUCUCAGGGGCCCGGCCGGCCCGCGGCCUGUCAGGGCGCCGGGGGGUGAGUCAGUCUGGAUCCCCGGACACCUCGGCGCCCCCUCUGCACGCGGGUCCGCAGAGCGACGCCGGGGCCGCCGGGGGUGGGGGCGGGGGCGGGCGGUCCCCGUGGGCGGACCCCCGGGCUCUGCGCCUCCCGCUGCGGCCCCGGGCGGCGCCGUUGUGGCCUGGAGCGCGGAGGAGAGGGGCGUGGGCUCGGUGGGUGGCCCGUGCGCAGGGACCCGCCGCCGCCGCGCUGGGCCGGGAGCAGCGCAGCGUCACCGGACGGUCCUCAGGCCCCGUGGGCCCCGCCGGGGCGGACGGGCGGACCCGCGCGGGGCGCCCGCUGCCGGCGGGAGACCGAGGGGAGCGGGUGUCGGGAGAAAACCCUCCGUCUCACGGGAUCGACUCGGGAGCGCAGUCAACCCAAGCCCAGGCCCGCAGGUUCACGACUCCGCCCGCGGCUCUUCCUGCCCCGCUGCGGACCCGCCCCCGCCCGUCCUCGCGCGGCCCCCAGACGCGGGCCCCCCCGGCGCGGCCCCCCCGGCGCGGGCCCCCCAGACGCGGGCCGACACGGGCUGCCCACGGGGCCCCGCCCGUCCUCGCGCGGCCCCCCAGACGCGGCCCCCCAGACGCGUGCCGACACGGGGCCCCGCCCGUCCUCGCGCGGCCCCCAGACGCGGGCCCCCCAGACGCGGCCCCCCAGACGCGUGCCGACACGGGGCCCUGCCCGUCCUCGCGCGGCCCCCAGACGCGGGCCCCCCAGACGCGGCCCCCCAGACGCGGCCCGACACGGGCUGCCCACGGGGCCCCGCCCGUCCUCGCGCGGCCCCCCAGACGCGGGCCCUCCACACGCGGCCCCCCAGACGCGGGCUCUCCACACGCGGACCCCCAGACGCGGCCCCCCAGACGCGGGCUCUCCACACGCGGACCCCCAGACGCGGCCCCCCAGACGCGGCCCCCCAGACGCGGGCCGACUCGGGGCCCCCGCCCGUCAGGGGCUCUGAGUCUCCGACUCUGA